ACGUACACCUACGAGACAGUGCUUUCCUUUGAAACUAUGAUCGCGAUUUUUUUAUUUAUCAUUGUGGUGGUGCUGGCCGGAGUGAAUUUGUUGACUCCGAAAAAAUAUAAAAAAUCGAAUAAUAUACCAGGUCCCGAACCUUGGCCUAUUAUCGGAAGUUUGCAUUUGCUGGGAAAACACAAAACCCCCUUCGAAGCUUUCACGGCAUUGAGCAAAAUCUACGGGGACAUAUUCAGCAUCACUCUCGGAUCAACCCAAUGUGUCGUUGUGAAUAAUUUCAAUCUAAUCAAAGAAGUAUUAAUCAACAAAGGGGCCGAUUUUGGCGGAAGGCCCGAUUUUCUUCGAUUUCACAAAUUGUUCGGCGGAGAUAGAAACAAUUCACUGGCCUUGUGUGAUUGGUCGGUCCUUCAAAAAACCAGAAGAAGUAUCGCUCGUAUGUAUUGCUCGCCUAGAUUUACCUCGCUACAGUACGAUUCGGUAAAUGUCGUGGGCUGUCAAGAACUUAAAGUUUUCCUGUCGGAGCUACAAAAACUACCUAUCGAACAACCGUGCGAUAUCAAACCGAUUGUAUUGGGAGCUUGCGCUAACAUGUUCACCCAAUAUAUGUGUUCGACGAACUUCCCGUACGAAGACAAAGAAUUCCAGAGGAUAGUACGUUAUUUCGACGAAAUAUUCUGGGAGAUCAACCAGGGCUACGCUAUUGAUUUUUUGCCUUGGUUACUUCCCAUGUACAACCAACACAUGAAGAAAUUAUCGUAUUGGGCUGGAGAGAUUAGGGAGUUCAUUUUAGCGAGGAUCGUUAAAGACCAUAUGGCCAGUCUGGACUACCACGCCCCUCCCAGGGACUUCACUGACGCGCUGUUAAUCCAUUUAGAGGAAGAUCCAAAUAUGGAGUGGAAUCACAUUAUAUUCGAGCUAGAAGACUUCAUCGGCGGCCACUCAGCGGUCGGGAACUUGGUAAUGAUAGCGUUAGCUUACAUAAUUCAAAACCCGGAAGUCGCUAAGCGUAUUCGAGAAGAAGUCGACGAAGUCACCGACGGUCAAAGAUUCGUCAAUUUGUUUGACAAAGCAGCAAUGCCUUACACCGAAGCGGUACUAUGGGAAACUUUGAGAAAAGCAUCUUCCCCAAUAGUUCCCCACGUCGCUUCAACCAACACAAACAUCGAAGGAUUUCAAGUAAAACGAGGAACGAUGGUUUUUCUUAAUAACUACGAGCUCAACCUGAGUGGAGAAUAUUGGGAAAAGCCGGACCAGUUUAUGCCAGAGCGAUUCUUAUCACCGGCCGGGCACGUUGUUAAACCGGCGCAUUUCAUCCCUUUCAGCACCGGCAAACGGACCUGUAUCGGCCAAAGGUUGGUACAGUGUUUUAGUUUCGUUAUAUUGGCUACAUUGUUUCAACACUACAACGUGAACGUCGCUGGCAAAAUAGACAUUAAACCCAGUUGCUUGGCGGUACCGCCAGAUUGCUUUAAGCUUAUACUCACACCUCGAUUUUCGAAGCAUAAAUGAACGGCACUUAAAGCAAUGAAACUUCAUAAGACUAAUUGAGACUGGAGCUGAUGAAGCUAUAUUUUAACUAGAUUAAGUUUAUUGUUGUCGAAUAUUGGGACGGAGCUUGCUACACUGACCGUAGCCAAUGUUAUGAUGCAUCACCUGUUUCGACAUUGUAUAUACGAAUGCAGUGGGACUGGAACCGAUAUUCCCGGCAUCUUGUGGACACUUUGAAUUACAGACUUGGAAAUAAUGGUAAUUGUGACGAAGUCAAUAUUAGAAAUAGUCGAAUUAUAUAUAAAAGCGUCUUCGUAAUUUUCAACACGCUGUAUAUAUUUCAACUCUGUUCUAAUCGUUACUUUCACGCAAUGUACGUUGAAUAAUCAUUUUU